AUGAGUAAUUAUGUAAAUCUGCCAUUUGGUGGAGAAAUUGACGAACAUAUGGUAAUGUCAGGAGAAAUGGACAUGUCCAUGACACAUUAUAUAAAUGAAACCGAAAGGCAUGAAGGACAAUCACUCGGAGGUUUAGGUGAUGAUAACACGAUAGAAAACGGGAAUGGGUUUGCGGUUGAAGCAUUGAAUUAUAUACAUUUUGAUGACUUUGUUCAUGCUCCUGAUGCUAUGUCUGAUGGUCAGCAAAUGAUAUGGAAUAUCGGCGCAGCUUCAGACAAUCAAAUGGCUGCUGAAGGAUGGGAUCCAUCCUCCCUUGCAAUUCAUGAUUCUGUGCAAACAACUCAAGAAAACAAUUCUCAAACUAUGUUGAUGAAUCCUGAUGCAGCUACACAAUUUCUUAUCGAUCCCGCUCUUGUGGCACAGCAUCAACCGCAACCCCCAGCGCAAACCCAACCACCGCAGCAAGGUCAUUCUUACGGGACACGGUUUGCAAAUCAAAUGCGUCCAACGCCCGGGAUUCAACCUCGAACGAGAAAACAGAGACCUAAAAAGGGUCGAGGAGAGGCUGAUGACGGGCCUUACUGUAUAUGUCGUGGUCCAACUUAUGGAGUCAUGGAGUGUGUUGGAAAUAAAUUUGCUAAUGAUAUUCAUUCUAACGAAUUCACAGAUGAUCGUCCAAUGGCCGAGGCAACCGGCAUAGAUCCCAAAGCAUUGUUGAUUGAAGAACCAACUGAUGUUGGACAGCCGAAAUCAAUCCCAAAAUGUGCGUUCAAGGAUUGUUCAAAUCCGGCCCGCGAGAAUAAUCCCUAUUGUAGCGAUGGUUGUUCCUUGCACAAUCAGAUCUUAGAGAUUAAGAAGACGAAAGGACCGGAAUCAACGCAAUCGAAAUCCUCACCUCCCACUACAGUCGAAUCCAAAAAAGCUCAACGUCCAGUACUUCCAAAACUUGUCCAAUCCAAUGUUUCCGGCAAGGUCGCACCGCCGGGAGUUAAACCUGGCACAGUGAAUCAUAGGCCACCCACGGUUGCCGGCCAGACUCCUGCGGUGAAUAGAAUGUCAUCACCUCAACUGAGAAAGGUGCCCAUCCCUCCAAGAAAAUCGUCCUCGGGAAGUUCUGGUGACUCUACCACCAAAGUUCGCAACCUUUGUAUGGAAAAAUUUCACAAUCUUUUUACCAAAAAAUACACGGAAUUACAGCAAAAGGGUGAAUUACCUGAUUCACAAGAAGGACCCGAGCAACUUGCCCAGCGUUUGGCAAAACGCAUCGAAGAAUCCAUUUACGAUAAUUUCGCUUCAAAAACAGAACGAGAUGGACUGGGUCAGUCGUAUAAAUCAAAGUUUAGAAAUCUCCUGACUAGUCUUGGUCAUCCUAAAAAUGAGGAUUUAUUGAUGCAAGUUGUUAAAGGUGACAUUCCACCGGUGAGGUUGGUGAUGAUGUCCGCGGAGGAUUUAGCUAAUCCCGAACAAAAAUCCUUGAUGGUUAAAGUUCGCAGGGAAAGCAUGCAACAGUCGGUAUUGAAAGCAGAAGAUAUAAAUGGUCCAAGGAUAAAGAAAACGCACAAAGGUGAAUUCAUAAUUGUUGAGGUCGGGCGGGAUUCUCCUAAGCAUGACACACCAGAUAACAAUUCGAUGGGAUCGUCUGCUCACUCUGCAUUCAAUGCUUCGAGUGUGAGACCAAAAAUAAACGUGGAGGAUUUGAUUCCCAAACGGAGAACAAGUACCACCGAUAGCGCCAAUUCUACGAAUAGCGAAAAUCCGUCGAAAGACGAUUCGUCUCGUGGUGAUGACACGAACGCCUCGAUCAAUAAUUUCUCUCAGGCUAUCAUUCAAAACGAUGACUCGAGGAAUCACACGAAAAGUAGUAAUAAUAUUGUACUCGGUAACAUGGAGACGACUGGUAGUCCGGUCGCAAUGUCUGUAGGAUCAUCAACAAAUUCACCUCCACUUUCCCCACAAGCGAAAACCAUAAUAUCACCCACCAUGAGUCCCUCAAACACACCUCCCGAGGAACCGCCCAGUAAUCCCGUGAAACUGUUGCCUCCCAUCUGGAAGGGUAGAUUGUUAUACGACGGUGUUGCCCGAUUUUCCGGUCAGGCAUCCUUGGUCGCCGCAAAAAAGCGCGACAAAGAACGGAAUUGGGAGGAAAUUCUCGCAGCGUCCAUCAGGUGCAAUGGUCACGUUUCACGAGUAGAGCAAGCGGAUACAUACUUAAUUGACUGUUGGUGUUCACCCUCCAAAGAUGUUGCGUUCAUCAAGUUUGAGGCCAAUGAGGAUGAUGAUAAUGAUAAGGAACAGUUUGAUUUGAUAUUUAAUUAUUUGCGUUAUUCUCCAAAAGAUAGGGUAGUGCGUUAUGGUCGAGUUGCAAACGCCUAUAAUACCGUUAGAGAAAUGUACCUUAUACCAUUAGAGCCCGAAGAUAAAAUUCCUGACGUUAUUACCUUUCUAGAUCAUGAUGAGAUAUUUGUGCCAAAAAAUAAUGAAAAACGUGAAUCAAAAUUAUUAUUGGGUGCAAUUGUUAUCAUUGAUGUUGUGUCUUCCAAAACGAAACGUCCACGUGAUUUAACCCAGAACAUUGCGCGACCAAUCAAAAAAGAGAAUCCUUUGGUUAAUAAGGCUGUGGUACAAAGUCCAAUUGUGGCACCACAAACCAUUGCGAACACAAUUAUGGCACCACCGGUGAAUUCACCGCAAAACCAGCCAUUGCCUACGAAUCUGCCUUCGGUCACAACUGCACCGAACGGAAUCCUUCCCGGGCUAUUACAAUCGCUACUGGCUCAGUCCAGUUCAACGUUGCCUAAUCAAAGUGCACCACCCGCCGCCCAAUUUCCACAACCACCUCCUCCAUUUAGCGGCCCACCACCACCUAAUCAAGGUGGACCACCUGCGCCUUUCGGAAUCCCACCUCCGCAGCAACAGCAACCGCAGCUAGGUAUCCCACCACAACCGGCCCAAUUCCCUACACAUUAUCCGACGGUGACACCUCCAUCAAACGGCCCACCCGGCCUUCCUGGUCAACCUCAGUUCAUACCGCCACCUCCACCACAUAAUCUACAAGGACCACCGGCCCAACCGGGAUUUCCUCCUCAGUACGAGCAAUUUUAUCAACAUCUCCCGCCUCCAAAUUUUCCUCAACAAGGUCCUCCCCAGCAACCACCGCCACCACCAUCAGAUAACAGACGACCUCCCGGGGUACAAGAUUUUCGACCAAAGUGGGGACCACCACCAGACAAUCGACCACCAUCACCAAUGGAUCAUGUGAAUAGAAAUCACGAGAACAGGCCUCAAUGGGAUCAGGAUGAACGAAGGAAUUGGAAUCAAAAUGAAUCCAGACCACCAAGAGAACGUGAAUACCGGAGGGGGCCAUCGCCACCACACUCAGAUUAUCGCGAUAGAAGGCAUCGAGGUCAUUCACAUAAUCGCGAUAUUCGUGGUAGACGCGGAAACAACAGUCCCAGGGGUGGACGUAAUCUCAACGGCGUCGUAGGACAAAACGGAGACCGUGAUUGGAAUGACCAUGAGCGUAGUGACUGGGGAGAUCGUGACAGGGAUGAUAGGGAUGAUGGUAGAUUUGAACGUAAUAAUAGGGAGCAUCAUCACUAUGGUGAAACCGGGAUAAAUGAUCGGGGAGGAAAGUCUAGAAGAGGUGGAAGAUUUCGAGGAACGAGAGCUUGA